AUGAGUGACUUAGGAAGAAAAGGAUUUGGCGACAAGGUGUCUGAGGCUGUUAAGCCAGACUCUCAGAAGAGCACUCUUGAGAAGACCAAGGAGACUGUGACCGACCAGGUUGACAAGGUUGCUGGUGGCGUUGUCCCAGACAACCAGAAGUCUUUCGGCCAGACUUUGGGUGACAAGGCCCAAUCUGGUGCCGAUACCGCUAAGAGCGAUGCUAAGGACCACCAAGCUACUCUCGCCGACACUGCCAACGAAUACUUGGGAGCCGGUAAGGAAAAGCUUGCUGAGGCUGUUGAGUACGUCUCCGGUGCCAUUUCCGGUGCCAAGGAGGGUGGAGAGGCCACUAAGAAAUAA